AUGUCGCUGUGCAAGCUGCAGAAGGUGCUGAUCAGCGACAGCCUGGACCCCUGCUGCAGGGAGAUCCUGCAGGCCGGCGGCCUCCGGGUGCAGGAGAAGCCCGGACUGACCAAGGAGGAGCUGCUGCGGGAGAUCAAGGACUGCGAUGGGCUCAUUGUCCGCUCAGCCACCAAAGUCACAGCUGAAGUGCUGCAGGCGGCAGAGAGGCUGCAGGUGGUGGGCAGAGCAGGCACCGGCGUGGACAAUGUGGACGUGGAGGCGGCCACCAGGAAGGGUGUCCUGGUCAUGAACACACCCACUGGGAACAGCCUCAGCGCCGCCGAGCUCACGUGUGGGAUGAUCCUCUGCUUGGCCAGGCAGAUCCCGCAGGCAGCUGCUUCCAUGAAGGAGGGCAAGUGGGACCGUAAGAAGUACAUGGGCAUGGAGCUGAACGGGAAGACGCUGGCUGUGCUGGGGCUGGGGCGCAUUGGCAGAGAGGUGGCCACCCGCAUGCAGGCUUUCGGCAUGAAGACCAUAGGCUAUGACCCCAUCAUCACCCCUGAAAUCUCGGCCACGUUUGGUGUGGAGCAGCUGCCGCUAGAGCAGAUCUGGCCCCGCUGUGACUUCAUCACAGUCCACACACCACUGCUGCCCUCCACCACAGGGCUCCUGAAUGACAGCACCUUCGCCAAGUGCCGCCGUGGUGUGCAGGUGGUGAACUGCGCCCGCGGUGGCAUCGUGGAUGAGGGCGCACUGCUGCGGGCACUACGCUCAGGGCAGUGUGGUGGAGCUGCCCUUGAUGUCUUCACAGAGGAGCCUCCAAAGGACCGUGAGCUGGUAAACCAUCCCAAUGUCAUAAGCUGCCCACAUCUGGGUGCCAGCACCCGGGAGGCACAGAGCCGCUGCGGCAAGGAGAUCGCCAUGCAGAUUGUGGACAUGGCCACAGGGAAGGGGCUGGCUGGCGUAGUCAAUGGACAGGCUCUCAGCAAGGCUUUUGCACCCCAGACCAAGCCCUGGAUUGCCCUGGCCAAGGCCCUGGGCACAGUGCUAUGCAGAGUGGGCAAGCAAGCACAGGGCAGUGUGCAGGUCUGCACCCUAGGAACACCCCUGCAGGACUCUGGGAGCUACCUGACACCUGCAGUGGCUGCGGGCAUGCUGGCUGGAGGGGCACAGAAGGAGGUGACCCUGGUGAAUGCCCUGUUGCUGGCCCAGGAGGCUGGGCUGAAGGUCACAACCACUCAUGGUGACAUGGCCCCCGAGCCUAACAACAGCGUGGGCUUGCUGCAGGUGUCCCUGCAGGGCACCUCGCACCGGGCAGCAGGCUCAGUGCAGGGCAGCACCCCAGUGCUGCAGGAGAUCAAUGGAGCCACCUUCAAGCAGCCAGCCCCACUGCAGGGCCCCAUCCUUAUCUACAGAGCCAAAGCCUCUGAGCCCAGCACACUGCCUACACUUGCUGGGCUGCUGGGGAAGGCAGGGAUCCAUCUCCAGUCCUACCACAGCUCCAGCCCAGUGGCAGGGGAGCAGUGGAGUGUUGUAGGACUUUCAGGGCCCCUGUCUGACCUUGGUGAGCUGAAGCCACGCAUCACGGAGGUCUUCCAGCUCCUGGUGUAA